GGCGCACCGCAGGAGAAGCAGCCUUCGGGGGCCGCUUGGAGGAGAUCCCCAACAGGCCAAAGGGAGGCCCCUUCCCCCGGGCUUUUAAAGAGGAUGAAUGGGGCAAUUCUGGCGCUGGGGCGGAGCCCAUGUUGGAGGUGGGUGGGGGUCUCUGUCUCCUGCUUGCUGUUAUGGCUCAGGGCCCGGGGAUCUACGAGACCACCACCUGCCACCAUAGCCUCCCACCGGCCAAUCCGCUCCCACAGAGAGGGUCUCCUCAGGGUGCCUUCGGUCAAGCAAUGUCGACUGGCGGCCCCCAGGGGGAGAGCCUUCUCGGUGGGGGCACCGGCCCUCUGGAACGAGCUCCCCCCAGGGAUACGACUGAUCCCGGACCUCCGGACUUUCUGCCAGGCCCUGAAGACUUUUCUAUUUCAGCAAGACAGGCUGGCUUCAAAGUUUUAACAGAGCUGGAGAUCCGCAGAGAGAGAGGCUCCCUGGGCCGGGAGACCAUCCUGCUCACUGUGGAAGACCCCAAAGCCCAGGUGGGCAGUGGAGGGGCUACCCUCAAUGCCCUCUUGGUGGCAGCAGAACACCUGAGUGCUCAGGCAGGUUACACGGUGGUCACUGCUGACAUCUUGCAAGAGGCCAGGAUUCUUGUCUUGCACAUGGGCCGGGACUUUCUGUUCGAUGACUGCAGCCGUGCAUUUCUCUGCCUCCCUCUCGAAGACCCUGCGGCCCCCACUGAGGCGCUUGCCUGCCACUUGGACAGGCUUCUGGCCACCUUGACAGAGCGGGUCUGCAAGGGUUCUCCCCCAGGCGUGUGGGUCUCCAGCACCGAUAUGUUUCUGACGGUCCCCGCCAUGCCGGAAAUUGACUGGCAGAGCUUCCAGGGAGUGAAAGUGGUUGCAGUGCCCGCCAGCGUCUCCUAUGCCAGGCACCAUGGCGUCUACUCUGUGGAUUCUCAGGGGGCGGUGCAAGACAUCCUCCACCAGAGCUCAGAGGAGGAGAUCCAGCGGUGCCUGGGGCCCGAUGGGAAGGUCCCCUUGGUGUGCGGGGUCGUCUUCUUCUCCUCCAGAGCAGCAGAGCAGCUUCUGGCCACCCACGUCAUCCCCCCACUCAAUGCCUGCACCUACAUGGGGCUGGACUCGGGAGCCCUGGCCCUUCAGCUGUCUCUCUUCUUUGACCUGCUCCUAUGCAUGGCCCAGGCAGUGACUGAGGAGGCCUUUGUAGCCGGACGCCGAACAGGGAUGGUGGGAGGAGAUGUCCAGAGCUCCAGGGCAGCUCGGACUGCCCGGACUGUGCUGUGGAAGACUCUCCGCACGCUGCCACUCACAAUGGCCUACCUCCCUGAUGCCACCUAUAACUACAUGACCUCAUGUGCCAGUGAGCACAUCUACCACCUCACCCCUCAGCCGAGUGAUGCCCACAGCAGGGGUUUCUGCAAGGUGGCCCAUUCCAAUGUGGAUGAGCCGCGUCUACUGGAGGAAGGUUGUUCCGUCACCAACUGCCUGCUGGGGGGUGCUGUGGUUGUGGGGCCAGGGAACGUCAUCCAGCACUGCAGCCUGGAGGGCCCCUUACACAUCCGUUCUGGCUGCCUCCUCACGGGGCUAGAUGUAGCCUCCUCUGCGACCCUCAGAAGCCACUUACUUCAGGACGUGGUCAUUCAAGGACAUGUUAUCCGGCUGAGACACAUGAGCUGCAAAGUAUUCACUCUGAGUGGACGUCAUGAUGACUGGCAGGGUACAGCGACCGAAGAGAAUGGCACCUUCUUGAAUUUGCCAUGGGCAGCCUUGUACCACCGGACUGGAAUACGGAGCCAGGACCUGUGGAGCCCGGAUGUCCCACCAGACAAGCGCUGCCUGCUGAACGCCCGUCUCUUCCCUGUGCUCUGCGUCUCGGAGCCCCUGGGCCUCGGGGGCCUCUUGUGGCUCUUGGGCUCUCCAGAGACCUGGCAGUUGCAGUCCUGGAGGAGGGCCUGGCGCAUGUCCUGGGAGGAGAUGAGGGCCUGUCUGGACCAGGAGGCGGAACUGGCCUCCCGCAGGGCCAUCUUUGUCCUACAGGCCCAGCGCAAAGUCCAGCGGGUCCUGAUGGAGCAGAAGAAUUGCAGCCUCCUGCCUCUGAUCCGCUCAGCCGUCCUGGAGGGCUUUGGGGAGGCUCUGCUGGAUACCCUGGACCAGGUGGCUGCCACCACUGAGGAUCUGGGGAUUGCUGCUCGGGCACUGGCGUGCAUCGCAGAUCUCCUGGGCUGCAUGGCCAGAGGAGAGGGGGGCUUACGGAGUGGCCCCACAGCCAACCUUGCUUGGGCCGCUGCCUUCCAGCAACUGGAGAAGGGAGACAUUGCUCAGGGUGUAAAGGCACUUGCCAUGGAGAGGAAGAAAUGGCUAAGCAGACCCAUCCUGCUGGUUCGCGCUGCCCGACACUACGAGGGGGCCGAGCAGAUCCUCAUCCGCAGGGCCAUCCUGCUCUCCUCCAAGUUCAUCGGCUUCUGGCAAGUGGAGCUGCCUGCCCUGGGCUGCUGGGUGAGAGUGGAGUGCCCUGCACGGAUUGACCUCUCCGGGGGAUGGAGUGAUACCCCUCCAAUCACGUAUGAACACGGUGGAGCAGUGGUGGAUGUGGCUGUCCUGGUAGACGGCUGCAGGCCUAUUGGUGCCCAGGCACGACGCAUUGCCAAACCAGAAUUGCAACUGAUCAGCACCAGUGGAAGUCUGGAGGGAGAGGUGGUGGUGGAAUUGGUCUGCCGCGACCUAGAGGAUCUGAGGGAUUACUGCCAGCCUCAUAUGCCAGGAGCCUUGCUCAAAGCAGCCUUGGUUUGCACUCACAUUGUUAGUCUCCUGUCCCCCCAAACCUUGCGAGAGCAGCUGCAGGAACGUUUCGGAGGUGGCUUUGAGCUUCACACCUGGUCUCAUCUGCCCCAUGGAUCGGGCUUGGGGACAAGCAGCAUCCUGGCAGGCGCAGUGAUCGCAUCGCUCUAUCGCGUAUCUGGGCGCUGCGCUGGUGUAGAGUCCCUCAUUCAUGCGGUGCUGCACUUGGAACAGGUUUUGACCACAGGUGGUGGAUGGCAAGACCAGGUGGGCGGGCUGGUUCCAGGGCUUAAGAUUGGGCGCUCGAAAGCCCAGCUGCCACUGAAGAUCGAAGUGGAAGAGAUCACCCCACCGGAAGGCUUCAUCCACACCUUGAACCAGCACCUGCUCUUGCUGUACACGGGGAAGACCCGCCUUGCUCGCAACUUGCUCCAGCAGGCCAUGAAGGACAACUUGGAAGAAAACUUUGGUUUUUACAAUAGACAUGGUUUUAUAAAGGUGUGGAGCUUUUGGUCAGAAUUUUCUAAUAAUCCUUUGGCCAGAGUCUGGAUUUUUAAAAAAUAGCACCGGAGUGCCAGAAUAAGACAUUUUACAUCCCGACUUCCGGGGUACCGUCAUGCUGGUGCAGUGCAAGGAAUUGGAAUCUCCACUUCUCCUGCCCGAUUUUCCAUGUCUGGAAGCCGAUAACGGCAACACCGAACCUUGAAGAGGACAGCAAACGAAAGGGGAUAGCCCAGAGGUGGUGGAGUGAAAGGCAAUCCUCCACCAAGGAGGGUGGAGCCCCCUGAAUCCAGAGUGGAAGAGACCGGCUGUCAGAGCCAGGUCCGGAGACAUGGCGACCCAAAUGAAAAAUGAGGAAGCAGAAUAGUGAGAAGCAACAAGAAGCAUCAGUGAGAAGAGUUUUACAAGAGGCAAAAUAUCUGAAGUGUCUCAAUGAAACUGUAGAGGUGGCAGACGGGGGGGAAAAAGUGAGUCUCUAAAGAGGAAAAAAGCGGCUCCUUAGCAGUGGGAGUGGAAGAAAGAUUGGUGGAGAGUGCAAGUGAUUUACGAGCGGUGCUGAGAGAGAUAGGAUAGUGGAUUGUGGAUUGGAUUGAUGAGAAAAUCACAAAGAAAAACUGGAACUGGGAUUGUGACUGUGACUGUGAGGAGGUACUGAGGGUGUGUGUAGGUGGUGAACAGGUCGGAGAAAAAAGAAAGUAAAGAAUAGCCUUUGGAGAUAGAGAUGGAGGAAGUGACAGUGACUAGACAAAUCGAAAGCUGCCAUCUUUAAGUUUGGAGAACAGGAGGAGAAAAAAAAUGAACUGUGAAAGAGUGAAGAAGAAAGAACAUUGAUUUACAGAAGGAAGACUUAUUGACUGGAGAUAUUAAAUCAACCAAUAUACUGACUGGUAAAGGAUUACCAUAUAUUUGUAUGAGAUUGGAAAUUUAUAGUUAAUCCAAUUUUUUCUUUAUGUAACUCUGGAACUUGUUAGCUAAGAUUUAAUAUAGAUAAUACUAAAUAUUGUUAUAUAAUUUUUACUAUAUGUGAUUCCCCUCCCUUCUUCAACAUUUGAUGAUCCACCCUAAUGUCUUAACUUUUCUUUCCUUUUCUUCUAGAUAUUGUGUAAUAAUUUAAUUAAUUCAAUAAUAGGAAAUACAUCUAUUUUCUCAUUGUA